AUGUCCCCUUACUUUACACUUUGUCGUAAAAUUGUAAUUCGCUCAACUGAAUUCAACAUCUACUACAAACCGGAUGCGAUUCAUGGCGCCAUUUUCAAAAUUGCUGAACUGGAGGGCCGUAGUGGACGAGUGGUCAACAAGAUCUACGCCACUCUAGAUGUCGCCACUGAACUUUGCGAACGUCUCCACGCCCUGGAACAGUUUUACCAAGAGUUCCGUCCGCUUCCCAGGAACGCCCAGCUCAAAUACGAGGAAAUGGUGGAACAAGACUCGACCUACAAAUUGAACCUGACCGUCAGACAGUACCGGCAACAUUUGCAGAUUACGCAGACCAAAAAGAGAUUGACUCGCGGGCCGUGCGAUAGCAUCGCCAUCCCGGAUAUCGGUGACUUCCGCCGCGAACUGGCCCAGCUGAUCGAAGAAAUGUCGACUCUUUAUUUGCCUACGUUUGUCGAAACGGAUGAAUCUGGAAUUUCAAAGGUGAUUCGCGGGGAUCGAGUGGCUGUUAUCUAUUGCUCCGUCCGUCCGUGGCCGUGGACGCGUUCCUACCCAACAACUGAACUCCUCCACGACCCGGUUUUGGUUGCGUUGAUUCAUGGUGAGCGUGACGUUAACAGGAUCCGCGAGUACUGUGAGAAUACCUACCCAGACUUGAUGGUGGACACGUAUGUCGACAUGAAUUACGAGCCCAGCGAUUCGGCCGUCCUUUACGAGUACCUGAAAAUCCGCUGGAUCCGUCGCGGGCAACGAUUUCGCGUCAACGAACGCCCUGGAACUAUCGCUCUACCGCACGAAGAUCAUUGGUUCAUCGCCUAAGUGGGAAAAAUGGAAGUUGAUGUCGGCUGGCUACAAUUGAUUCGGAUAAAUA